AUGCCUCAACAACCAACAGCCACCAUGAAAUCAGUCACUGAAUUUCUUCCACCUAAGGAGAGAGUCCUUCGUUCGGAACAAAUCGGUCUUAGCUCUCAUAAGAAUGCCUACAAUAAUGGUACCUUGAUGAAUAAUUGGAUCGAGGAGCGCAAUGCGUAUGAUUAUCUCGAGAAAAUUAAUACGAAUCCUUCGUUUGUGGCAUUACAACAAACUGGCCCUACAUUGAAUCAAACUUUGUAUCAACACCCAACGGAAUUGAAACCAAAUGCCUAUCAAGUUGCUGAACCUAUUCUUCCCAACGAAACUGGAAAGGAGAUACUGUUUGUUCAUGGUGACGAUAAAUUUGAAAAGAGUUUGGUCACCAUGUCAGCUCUGACAUUUUCACAUCAAAAAGAUGCUUUGAAAACAGAGGAUGCUCUCAAAAGUAUCAAGACCAUUAAACCUCAAAUCACUGGUCAACAAGCUCCCGUUCGAUUACUCGAGCAAAAGAAGGCACAAUGGCAAGUGGAGCGAGAAGAUGAGCGUGAUCCAACCAGUUCUUUUAAAACCACCUAUCAAACAGAGAUUGAAAAGAAGGAAAAGCUUUCAGAAAUUUCCACCACUUGUACUCAUAUUCCUUCGAACAUGCAUCUCACAACGAAGAGUAUUCUGCCAGACAAGCCAAUGAUGGCUCCUUCUGGUGACAUUAAUUCAUCCUCAUGGGGAGAUGAAUUGGGAAAGACAAAGGAAGCUCUGCAAUUUGCUCCACCUCAAGCCAAGCCUACCAACAAGUGGGGAGAUUUUACCAAAAGCAUGAGAGAGGACUAUCGAAAGACAGGAUUGAGAAAGCCAGUGGAAUAUAAAGUGACACCAUUAGCCACUCUUGCCAAGCAUCAAUAA